AUGGACGGGAAUCGAUUGGAUGGUACCCCAAAUCCCCGACCAGAGCACAGCUGCGUCGCAUGUGAGCGACCAGAUUCAGCGGAGAACCUUGUCGCCUGCGAUAAAUGUAGUUCGUGGUGGCAUUAUACCUGCGCUGGGGUCACAGAUUCGGUGGAGCACAAAGAAUGGACAUGCUCGGGAUGUCUUCCCGUACCAACAAUAGCAACAUCGGUACGAUCACUCACGUCAAGUCGCAGAGCGAAUCUCCAGGUGAAGCGACUAGCGGAAAAGCAAGAAAUAGAACGGAAGCAACUUGAAUUGGAGAAGAAGCAACUGGAACUUCAGAAGAAGCACACGCAGGAGAAAUUCGAUCUGGAAGAGUCGUUAGCGGAAGAAGAAGACAACCGAAGUGUAAGAAGCCGCGUGAACGAGAUUGAGUCUCGAAAGAAGCAGGUCUCUGCAUGGGUUGAUCAGCACGCACCCGCAAAACACCUACUAGUCGUACCAUCCUCCGAUCCUGUAGCAGCGCUUACUGGAGUUUCACAGCCCACGCUGUCGUGUAACAACAAUCCCGCAAAUUUCCAGCAAACAGACAACGCAGUGUCAUUUGAUCCUGGCAUGAUGUCAGGGCUUCAAUUGCUACAACAACAGCUGGAACAGUGUCAGCAGCAGUCAGAACCGACACUUGAGCAGAUCAAGAUGCUUGAGACGCAACUGCAAAGCUUUCGAAUACAAUUACAAGAGCGAAAACAAUCCACUCCACUCUCACACCCUACUCUGACUACAUCUAAGGGUGCUAUUCCGAAGACAAAUCACUUCGUUGAUCGAAAUACCUGCGACAGGGUCCCUCCCACUACAACCGUACCAAUGAUGGUACCAUCGGAACAAUAUCCUAUCAGUAAACCGGUCCCAACCGAGCAGCCGCGUAUCAGUCAUGCGCGCUCGAAUCCUCCACCUGUGCCGGUCCCAAUCGAGCAGCAGCGUACUCAUCAAGCGCGCUCGUCAAUCCAACUCGCGUCAUUUUCUAACGAACAAUCACGUUCUCAUAACGUGUCAUCGAGUUUCUUCCCACAUGUAACGGUUUCACGUGAGCAGCCGUUAGCGCACGAGACGCCCGUGAAUAUUCGUGAUACUUCUGCGAGUGCACCGCUACCAUUCGAGCAGCCGCCCAACUAUCCUGCGCACUCGAAUCGAGCUGCUGCGCCAGCAAACGAAGUACUUCAUCGACCAUCCCCGGAACAAUUAGCUGCAAGACAGGUUAUGCCACGUGAUCUACCCGAGUUCACGGGCGAUCCAGAGGAGUGGCCGAUAUUCUUCAGUAGUUUUAGUAACUCCACAGCCGCUUGCGGGUUUAGCAACGUAGAGAACCUGGCUCGUUUGCAACGUUGCCUGAAAGGUAGCGCUCUAAAAUCAGUGCGAUAUUACCUUCUGUCGCCUGAUUCUGUUCCGGAAGUGAUAAAUACACUCCGAACCUUGUAUGGUCGGCCCGAGAUUAUUAUAAAUAAAUUAAUUCAAACCGUGCGUGAAACACCUGCUCCCAAAUCUGAGAGGCUUGACUCGUUGAUAGAUUUCGGGAUGUCCGUCAGAAACUUGACACAACAUCUUAUUGCAGCAGGACAGCAAGCGCAUCUGGUGAACCCAGCGCUGCUCCAAGAACUGGUUGAAAAAUUACCAGCCAACGUAAAGCUACAGUGGGCGCAGCAUCUUUCAUUCAUUCCUCAUGCGAGUUUGCAAAACUUCAGCAACUUCAUGUCAGCGAUCGUCGAAUCGGUCAGCAAAGUCAUCGUUAUUACUGGCGGGGAAUACUCAGCGAAGCAUGAGAAAUCUCGAAUCAAAGACAAAAGUUUUGUCCAUGCCCACGUCGAAAACUCAGCAUCAGGUAGUGCCGCGAAAGAAAGAGCGGGUCAGGGUAAAGUUUGCUUGUUCUGUGGGAAAGCUGGUCAUCGAUUGAAAGAUUGUACGAAAUUCCAACAUCUACCGGUGGACGAUCGAUGGAAAAGUAUCCAGUCGCUGAAGUCUGUCACAGCGUUUGCCUUCUUGGACGAUGUUUUCUCUGCAACGCUUGCCGAGCGUAGCUUGGUUGAAGAACUUGGGGUGGAAGGUCCCAACGUCCCGCUUUGCCUUAAAUGGACCGCUAACAUGACGAGAACCGAAGAUGAGUCACAGAUAGUUUCGCUUGAGGUGUCCGAAAUAGAUCGAAACAAUCGAUUCCACCUGGUGAACGUACGCACAGUGGAAAGUUUGAAUUUACCAUCGCAAACGCUGUGCUUCGAGAAGGUUCUAGAGGAUCAUCCGCACCUGAAAGGACUUCCGGUUCGUAGCUACGAGAAUGCAACACCAAAACUACUAAUCGGACUCCGAAACCUGCAAUUGGCGGUGCCGUUGAAAAUCAAAAAAGGUGAAAGCGGAAUCAUAGCGACCAAAACUCGCCUAGGAUGGUGUGUCUAUGGUAGUCUGAAUGCCAAGACAACGAAGCAAGACUACGAAGAACUUAACUACCACGUAUGUGAAUGCCAAGCCGAAGAAAAGCUGGAACGACUGGUCAAAGAUUACUUCAAUGUGGAGGACUGUGGGGUGAGCAAUGUGGAAAUUGUGGAAUCCACCACAGAUGUAAGAGCACGACAAAUCAUGGAGGGGACGACGCGAAGAAUAGGUAACCGUUUUGAAACGGGCCUGCUUUGGAGGACGGAUUAUGUAGAGCUCCCCGAUAGCUUUCCGAUGGCCCUACGCCGUCUACAGUGUCUCGAGAGACGCAUGGAUAAAGACCUCGUUCUCAAAGAAAACAUCCACCGACAAGUACAGGAAUACAAGGAUAAGGGGUUUGCACAUCUAGCAACGGCGGACGAGCUAGCCGACGCAGACCCGAGACGAACCUGGUAUCUUCCGUUAGGGGUGGUUUGCAAUCCGAAGAAACCGGAGAAGGUGCGGCUAAUAUGGGACGCCGCAGCGAAGGUCGAUGGAAUUUCUUUGAACUCCUUACUAUUGUCCGGUCCUGACCUUCUCGUAUCACUGAUUUCGGUUCAAUUUCAUUUCCGUCAGUACCCGGUGGCAGUGAGUGGAGACAUCAAAGAGAUGUUCCACCAGACGAGAGUUAUCAAGCAAGACCGAUCCUCUCAGAGAUUUUUAUUCCGCAACAACACCAACGUCGAACCUAGUAUUUAUAUAAUGGACGUACUAACGUUCGGAGCGAGCAGCUCUCCUGCAUCAGCCCAAUUCGUUAAGAAUCGGAAUGCGGAAGAGUUUGCAGGCAAGUUCCCGAGGGCAGCCUCUGCCAUUCGUAGCAGGCACUACGUCGAUGAUUACCUUGACAGCUUCGAGACGAACGAGGAGGCGAAGAAGGUAUCCAGCGAGGUGAAAUGGGUCCAUGCGCAAGGAGGAUUUGAAAUCCGGAAUUGGUCAUCAAACCGAAAGGCAGUUCUGGACCACUUGGGGCAAUCUCCGAACCAAGCAACGAAAGACUUGUCAUUGAGGUCGCAAUCGGAGCGCGUGUUAGGGAUGCUAUGGCAUACCGAAGAGGACAAUGUACUUUUAUCUGCGAUCUUCAGGGAGGAAAUUGCGGCACUGAUCGGAACGGGAACGAGACCGACGAAACGUCAGGUGCUGAAAUGUAUAAUGAGCCUUUUUGACCCGUUGGGCCUGCUGGCGUGUGUGCUGGUACACGGGAAAAUAAUGAUGCAGAAUAUUUGGCGUAGCGGCAUCAAAUGGGAUGACUUUGUCGACGAAAGCGUCCACGAAUCGUGGACGAAAUGGAUUAGCCUGUUGGAUGAAGUCAACGAAGUUCGGAUUCCAAGGUGUUACUUCGAGAACGCGAGCACUGAGCUGUACCGUUCGUUGGAGGCCCAUGUGUUCGUCGACGCAAGUGAAGCGGCGUAUGCAGCGGUGGUGUACUUUCGAACUACCAAUCGUUAUGGAACAGCGAAAUGCGCUCUAGUGUCAGCCAAAACGAAGGUGGCUCCUCUUCGAUAUGUCUCCAUUCCUCGGUUGGAGCUGAUGGCCGCGGUAUUGGGAACCCGGUUGCUGGUAUUUGUGCGUUCUAAUCAUUCCAUCCGAAUCAACCGCGUCAUCUACUGGUCGGACUCCGAAGUGACUCUGGCUUGGAUCCGGUCAGAACAUCGAAGAUAUCGCCCUUUCGUAGCCUGUCGCGUUGGAGAAAUUCUUUCAUCGUCAAACGUAAACGAUUGGAGAUACGUUCCGAGCAAACUUAACGUCUCAGAUGAGGCUACCAAGUGGGGUAGUGGACCGUGCCUCAGCGCAUCAGGCCGCUGGUUCAAUGGCCCGACAUUUCUGCAACUGCCAGAGGAGGAGUGGCCUAUGCCGAAGAGAUCGCUCGCAACCACUGAUGAAGAAUUGCGAGCAUGUCAUCUGCAUCAAGAAGUGCUCAUCCUGCGUACUCCGAUAGUAUACGAACGUUUCUCCAACUGGAACCGAUUGCUGCACGCAACAGCAUAUGUAAUAAGGUUUGGAACUAUUCGCAAUCAGAAAGGCACAAAAUGUAGCACAUCGUUGACUCACGAGGAAUUGAAGGCAGCCGAGAUAUUGCUUUGGAAACUGAUUCAGUCUGAGGUUUACCCAGAUGAGUUGACUAUUCUUACUAAAAAUAAGACAGUACCGAUCUGUGAACGACUGAUCUUAGAGAAGUCAAGCCCUCUUCGGAUGCUUACACCGAUGCUUGAUGAUGAGGGAGUUCUCCGAGUCGACAGUCGCAUUUCUGCGGCACAAGGGGUAGCGGAAGAUGUGAAGUUCCCAGUGAUACUACCGAGAAAACACCACGUCACCAACCUUAUCGUCGAUAAUUUCCAUAGGAAGCUUCUCCAUGGAAACUCCGAAACGGUGGUCAACGAAAUCCGCCAGCGAUUCUACAUUGCACAUCUGCGCACAGUAGUUCGAGACAUCGAGAAGCGGUGUCAACGGUGCAAGGUGAUGAGAGCUAAGCCUUCAACUCCAAGGAUGGGUCCUCUUCCGGAAGCACGCUUGUCGCCUGGAGUUCGCCCAUUUACUUAUAUCGGCAUCGACUACUUUGGGCCAAUCCUGGUGAAAGUAAACAGAUCCGCAGCAAAACGGUGGGUGUGUCUGAUUACGUGUCUCACAAUUCGUGCAGUACACGUUGAGGUUGCAUAUGAUUUAUCGACGAAGAGCUGUAUCGCCUGUAUACGUCGCUUCAUCUGUCGCAGAGGGUCACCGAAAGAAAUAUACUCCGACAAUGGUCGGAACUUUACCGGAGCGGAACGAAUUCUGCAAGACCAAAUCGAGCGGAUCGAGCAGGAUGCAGCUACGACGUUCACCAACACCGAGACAAAAUGGUUCUUCAUUCCGCCUUCCUGUCCCCAUAUGGGGGGAUCGUGGGAGCGCAUAGUACGUUCCAUCAAGAACGCCAUGAAAAGCAUUCCCCAAGAUGACAAACUCGACGACGAAGGAUUACAAACUGUAUUGAUAGAGGCUGAAGGAAUUGUCAACUCGCGCCCGCUCACGUACCUACCACUGGACUCAGCAGAGCGAGAAGCACUCACUCCAAACCACUUCAUCUUGGGAAGCUCAUCUGGAGUAGUGCAGCCAAUAACAAAGUUAGAAGACUCUGCUAACAAAGUUAGAAGACUCUGCUAA